AUGGCUUCCUUCAGGUUCCUCGCAUCUCGUCUCUCUCGGCGUCACUUUUCUACUACCCCGCGCCGCUUCGAGCACUACAUCGAUGCCGACUUUCACUUCCCGGAAGAACGCAUCGUUCUCAUUGACUUUUACGCACACUGGUGCCAGCCAUGCAAAGUCCUUUCUCCCAUCCUCGAACAACUCACCGAGGAUCCUUCCACCAAAACCGUGUCCCGCCAGCCAUUGGAUCUAGUCAUCAUUAACAGCGAUACCGAGGAUGGGCGGGAGCUCUGUCAGCGGUUCAAGGUACGCGCACUUCCAACCGUUGUGGCGUUCCAAGGAGGCAAAGCCAUCAAGACAUUUACCGGCGCGCUGAGGGAACGCCAAGUCCGCCAGUUUUUAAGGGAGAUAUGA